AACCAACCGGGCCAAGUCUUUUGUUGUAGUGGAAUAUAUAUGCCUCUCCAAUCUCCAUUGUGCGUGUCACCACUAUACAACAAGCAUACACACGGCUGCUAGACUGCAAGCAUCCAAGCAGAAGGAGGAAACAAACACGCAUAGAUCAGAACCUGAAAAGAGGAGAGCAAGAAGCAAUGGAAAUCAAGGACGAGGAGACAGCGGCAGAGGUGGCCGUGGUGGUGCAGUUGCGGUUCAGGAGGAUAUGUGUGUUCUGUGGGAGCAGCCAUGGCAAGAAGAAGAGCUACCAGGACGCUGCCGUUGAUCUUGGGAAAGAGCUGGUGACAAGAAACAUUGAUCUAGUAUAUGGAGGAGGGAGUGCAGGGUUGAUGGGCUUGGUGUCUCAAGCAGUACACAGUGGAGGAAGGCAUGUUAUUGGGGUAAUUCCCAAGACUCUCAUGCCUAGAGAGAUAUCAGGUGAGACAGUGGGGGAGGUGAAAGCAGUGGCCGAUAUGCACCAGAGGAAGGCAGAGAUGGCCAGGCAGUCAGAUGCCUUUAUAGCAUUGCCUGGGGGAUAUGGAACACUUGAAGAGCUACUAGAAGUGAUUGCAUGGGCUCAACUUGGCAUUCAUGACAAACCGGUUGGCCUGCUGAAUGUGGACGGUUACUACAACCCAUUGUUGUCUUUCAUCGACAAAGCUGUGGAGGAAGGGUUCAUCAGACCUAGUGCCCGCCAUAUCAUUGUCUUGGCUCCAACGCCUAAGGAACUCAUUGAAAAACUGGAGGAGUACUCUCCUCAACACGAGAAAGUCGUGUCGAAGAUGAAAUGGGAGAUGGAACAGCUGAGCUACUCUCAGAACUACGAUAUCCCCAUGCCAAAGGAGGGAAAUGUGAUCAUAGAAGCACAACACGGGAGCAGGUUAUGGAUGUAAAUCGCCGUGCAACAAGGAAGCAGGCAAGCGGGGUAAUAUGACUCUUCGAAAACAAAAAAAGUUACUAAUAUGAGAUAAGUAAUAUAGAUUGCAUGUUGGCAUAAUCAGAAUCUCUAGUGUGCGCGUGCAAGGAGUACGUAUGUCUCAUUGAUCUUUUUUCACCCCUCUUUCUUUGAGUCUUUUGGUUUCUGUAACUUUGGUGGAAAGGUGUUUUCUACUGAACCUUGCUUCAUCCUUCACAUAGAACUACUGCAUCCUGUCUGUAUACUACUCUACAGCUAAAUUAGUGAUACUUGCAAC